CUCACACUCCCGUGCAGCAGGUGGCGCGCUGCCAGUGCUUUUUGGACACGGAAGUUCAUUGAAGAAAAAAAUAUUGUCGUCUCUAAACAAAGACUUGGGGAUAAAAACUCUCUUUUUUUUGAAGACUUGGGAAUAAUAACGCUUGUUUUUUUGAAGCCCGAGUGGAAGAAAACACAACAGUUGGCCUCAAGAUGCAUGUUGAAAUUUUUUAUUAAAAAUCCGUAGAUGUUGUAACGUGAUUGGGCAGGCAAACGGACGUGAAAACAGGCUGUCCCCACUCAUGUCCGCAUGGAGCUGGAGGGGGCGUGAAUUUCGGGAGAUUUUCUGGAGAAAAUUUCUUUUGGGAGGUUUUCGGGAGAGGCGCUGAAUUUCAGGAGUCUCCUGGAAAUUCCGGGAGGGUUGGCAAACGUGUUUUAGCUCAGCGGGGCAGAGCCAGAGAUGGCGGGUCGCGGCCGCGGGCGGGGCCGCAGGAUGAUGACGUUCAAUGUGGAGGCCGUCGGGAUCAACAAGGGAGACAUUCUGCCUCCGUCCACCCAGCAGCCCACGCCGCUGUUCCCUGCUUUGGAGCACAAGCCCCUCCCCCUGUCAGGAGGCGAGGAGACCGAGUAUCUGUUGGCCCUGAAACAGGAGUUCAGAGGCGCCAUGAGGACCCUGCCUUUCUUCAUCCAGCCCGACUGUGCCCGCACAGGUCAGAGGUCACAUGCGGAUGUGGAACGAUACUCUGACAAAUAUCAUAGCAGCGAACAGGCCGACGCUUUGACGAGCUGGAUGCCAGACUGGAAGAGAUUCCCAAAAGAGCUGAGGUUGCGUGUCAGGAAAACACCAAAAAAAGACGCUGCAGGGCGACGAGCAGCAGAGCUCGGAGGAUGAGGAGCAGCAGGAGAAGAAGGAGGAGGAUCAGGAGCCGGAGGAAGAGUAUGAUGAGGAGGAGCUGGAGGAGGAGACGGACUACAUCAUGUCCUACUUUGACAACGGCGAGGAAUUUGGCGGAGAUAGCGACGACAACAUGGAGGAGGCAGUUUACUGAAAUGUUUGUGGCCUUGUGGGUUUAAUGGCGUCUGUCAAUUUUAAGUCAAGAUUUUAAACGUUUUCAAAUGGAUGUUUUUUUAUAGUUUUGAUUGUUGUACACUUUGUGACUUUUACCUAAGUGGAGUAAAAAAAAUUCAUGGCAACUUUGA